UAAGUUUUAAGUUUUAAGAUGACUCGUAAAGGAAGUUUAUUUAACUCAGCUGUGUUUCCAGUUUCAUCAAACUGAUUAAGCUUCUGACAGUUAUAUAAUAAUAUAAUAUGUAUAUAUAUUCCUUCACAGUCAUGAUUCUCUGAUCCCCAUUUCUGCCUGUUUCUCUCUCUCUCAUCAGAAUCAUGUGACUACUGGGCAAUGUUUAUGAACAAAAGUGUCUGCAACCACUAGCUUCAAGCCGGAGAGGUUGGAACAAGAAGAAGAAGAACCUAACUGACACAGAUUAUAUAUAUUUAUAUAUAUAUAUUAUAUAUUUUUUUUUAUAUAUUAUAUGCACGCCCACACAAGCUAAGGAAACGAAGAGAUAUGUUGUUGGAAGAUCUGAAUGUCGAUGCGGUUUUUUACAUGGACUCCGCUUGCGAUGAAGCCGACCCGGACCCGUGUGGGCGACCCGCCCGUUCCGUAACGGCAGGCGAUGAUUCCGCCUCGUCUUCCUCCGUCGUCAAUGCGGACGAACCGCCCGAUGAAUCUAACAGCUCAUCUCCCUCGACGCUCGCCUUCUCUAUACUGAAAACCAGUGAGGUGAUCGAGGUUGAGGAGGGCGGCUCGGUGGGGGCCACUAGGCCGCUUUUACCGGCCACUAGAGAGCCGUUUUUCUCGUCUUCUCAGAACUGGUUGAAACUGUCCGCGCCGGAGACGGGGCGAGGGGCAGAAAUGGGAAUUUAUGAGCCGCCGCCGUAUCCGCAGCCUAUCCAGCCGAUUAAGAAGAGCCGGCGUGGGCCGCGUUCCCGGAGCUCACAGUACCGUGGUGUCACGUUUUACCGGCGGACUGGAAGAUGGGAGUCGCAUAUCUGGGACUGUGGGAAGCAAGUUUAUCUGGGAGGAUUUGACACAGCUCAUUCUGCUGCUAGGGCUUAUGAUCGCGCUGCCAUUAAGUUUCGAGGGGUUGAUGCUGACAUAAAUUUUCUUUUGAGUGACUAUGAAGAAGAUAUGAAGCAGAUGAAGAACUUGAGCAAGGAAGAGUUUGUUCAGAUUCUUCGACGCCAGAGCACUGGGUUUUCCAGAGGGAGCUCUAAGUACAGAGGAGUAACCCUGCACAGAUGUGGUAGAUGGGAGGCUCGGAUGGGUCAAUUGUUGGGGAAAAAGUAUAUGUAUCUUGGGUUAUACAAUUCUGAAGUUGAAGCUGCAAGGGCUUAUGACAAAGCAGCCAUCAAGUGUUAUGGAAGGGAAGCAAUGACCAACUUUGAGCCCAGUGCCUAUGAAGGGGAGAUGAACAAGAACUCUAGAGAUGGAGGGACAAUCUGUCCUAUGGAUGUAGGCACAAAUACCAGUCUUGAUCUGAACCUUUGGAUAUCUCCGCCUUUGGAUGGUCCAAAAAGGCCUGAGAAUCCCAGAAAGUUGCAGUUCAAUUUUGAAGCUCGCGACCUGUCUCUUCUGAAAAGAAUGAAGGUUGAGUGCACCCCUGGCACACCUUAUGGUCCAGCAAUGGCAUCCCAGUAUUCCAGGUGGCCUGGCCUGCAAUCUACCCUUACUCCAAACAAUGAGGAGGUACUAAUGGGAAUGAAUGCAGAAGCAUCUUCUCCCGUCUUCUCCAAUUUGCGAUGGCUUAGCCAGGGUGUGGCCCCUUCAGCGCCACGGUUUUCUUCUGCAGCAUCAUCAGGAUUCUCUUCCACAGCUACUUCCAUGUUCAAAUUCCCUUCUGCAGCUCUGCCCCCGAGUGCAGCAUCCCAAAACAAUCUAACGACCCUUAGCCCCAACUAGAGGGGGCGGGGCUCAGCAAUUGAUCUUGGGUUUGCUUUGGCGUCAGCAAAGCGCCAACUGCAGAAAGCUUCAAUUCAUUUCCCUAUUGUGUGGAACAUAAACCUAGUAUCAAGUGUACAUAGGAUCACACUCUCCUGCGUAGUUUCAUUUUUUCGCCUGAAACAUUCUAAAUUGCUAGUUAUCGGGACUACUCCUGGUUGUAGUCCAUUCAUAACAGCAAUCAGGUCGUGCUUUUAUCACUUACAAGACAUGAAAGUUAAGCAGUAACAAUAACUGGUGAUUGUGAUAUUAACUCGUUGAAAUAGAGACUUGUUUUCCCUCUCCUGAA